GAAAUUCCGGCCGAAACCCCCAAAGCGAUCCCCGUCUUCCUCCUCACUCCCGCUAAACCCAACCUACCCACUGCCGCCUGCCGCCUAGGGUUCCGCCCCCAUGACCGUCCCCGAGCCGGAGAUGCCGGCGUCGGCGCGCAGGCGUUUGUUCCUCGCCAGGUUCGACGCGCUCAUCUUCCUGCAUUGCGGGCUGCUCUGGGUCAUCUGCGCGGUGUACCUCGCCUUGGUCAUAGCGCGUCUUGCCCUGGGUAAGCUCGAGAUUCCCCCCGCGCUCUGGGCAGCGUCCUGGGUCUGCGCCUACAUCGUUCUGUGUCUCACCCCCGUUUCCACGUUCCUCGUCGGCGCGCGCUCCUCGCGCUCCGUGUACAACCCCACCGACGCCAACAAGGACCCUGCCAUGAUUGGAGUCCUGUUUCGGCCGCCUUCAUGCUGCUCGCAAUUGAUUAUGAUAAGGUGGUGGGUCUGUUGGGUGUGGAAGGAUGUCAGAUUGAACGGAUUGGUUCAAUAGUGAGGGAUGUGGGGUUAAUGGGUGGUAUGGCAACAUGUUGUUUCGUCACCUUACCCACUAUGAUACUGAGGCAGUGGAGGAUGAAGAUGAAGUAGAGGGUUAUGUGGUUGUGUUGUUGAGCCAUAACCCGGAAUGGAUGGUGUUAAGAUGGACAAGACAAAUGCAAGAGCCGACUUUUUGUUGAAGUUUAUGGCUGUGGAUAAGUACUGGAUUUUAUUUAGUUAGUUGCAUGUAUUCACGACUGUAGAUUGAUCCACUGCUAGUAUCGAGUACUCCAUGUGUUAGGAGCUCACGUAAUUCGACAUUGUGGCGUUGAAGUGUUUACCUGCUGCUGGGAAGCCUGGAAUAUAUGACCAGACGGUGAGGGGUAUACCACCCUCCAAGAGGACAAUGCUUUUGUAGGCAUAUAGAAUUUGCCAUGUUGGUAUUGUUAUGUCCGAUGACUACCAUUUCUUCGCAAGAGCACCCUGUGGCAGUUACUGUAGAAUAUUAUGUUUGUAGCGAUCACUGAUGUUACCAAUCUACAGAUUUGUGGAGUAUGAGUAUGUUCAUUUUUUUUGUCUUGGA